UUCUCGGACCAAGCACCUUCUUGGAAAGGGUGCAAUUUUGCGAAUUUGCAGCGUCCCCUUUCUUGGCCAUUUUGUCACACUCUGUGCCUUCAUUGCUUUUCGUCGAGUGAGACUGUUACAUUUCUCUGUCUGGCUGCCUUCUUUCCUGGCGCCGACUUUUAUUGAAAGCAACAACAGCAGCAACUAUUCCGUGUGCACCAUGAAGCGUCUCUGUCUUCUCUUGUUUGCUGUGAUUUCCGGUGCAGCGACAGCCAACGAUGUUCCUCCCAGCAAUCACCUCCAUGAAGAAGAUCGGACACUUCUGAGUAACAUCAUCAACUACGCCGACAAAAUCCAAAAUGCCGUUCCCACGGUCCCCACGACGCCCAUGCCAACAACAUCACCGACAUUUUCGUCAGCGCCAACUCCCAGUCCUUCCGCAACUCCUACUCAAGCGCCGACAGUUUCUGCUCAUCCUUCCAUCGGUCCUACAAUCGCUCCAACUGUCAGUGCACAACCGACCAAUGUUCCUACCGUGUCAUCAGCUCCUUCGACCCCACCCAGUAUUUGGCCCUCCUCUCUUCCUUCCACAGAGCCUUCGGGGGCCCCUUCCAAUGUUCCAUCCGUGUCAGCAAUUCCCUCAAGCUCUCCCACUCCAGCUCCGAGCUCCAUGCCCUCGUCGAGCCCUACCAAGGUUCCUUCAAGUCACCCUUCCUCUGUGCCAUCGGACGUUCCGUCUAGUGUUCCGACUCUGUCAAUGUCACCAACGCUCAUGUACCGUGCGACCCUCCACACCACAAUCUCAAUUCCUCUGCAAGGUAUUGACGCUCAAAUGAAUGUCAAUCACACCAAGGUCUUUGAAAGUGUUGUAAGGUACUUUAUUCAACAGAACCUGCAAGAUGUGGAAGGUGCUGUUCUUGUGAGUACAGUGACAGUUCAAACUCAACAGGUACUGGAUGUAGGAGGAAAGGAAUUGGUUGUCGAUGUACGAGUGUUGGCCAUCUACGAGUCACUUGACCAUCCAGAUACAUUUGACUUCAAGACUAUUGUGGCCGAUGGAUUUGAAGUCAACUUUGCUCUCUUCAAGAGUGACUUGUUGGAUACCAACGAUCCGUUCUUUCUGCCUUUGGAUCCAGCCCGGGUUCCUACAGACGAAAAUGACCAGGACUCGAGCAUAUCGCAAGGAACAUACAUUGCCGUCGCUGUUUGCUCGAUUAUCGUAUCUUUGUGUGGUGUGGCUGCAGCCUACUACUCGCUCAAGAAAUACCAAGAAGAGACCGACAAGGGAGAUAAACUGUCUUCGGACAUGUACAUGUACACAGAUCCUGUCGAUUCUCAACUAACGCAAGACGAUGUCGGCUGUGGACUCCAAAACGCAAAGAGCAUUGAAAUUAUUCAAGUAUCGGAUAGUCCCGAAAAGCGCCAUGACUACAGCGUGGCUGGAGAAGACGAUGAACAAGAUGAUGAUGACGACGAACCCGAGAACGAGAACGAAAAGCCAGAGACGCCACGGAAAAAGGAAAAGAAAAGUGAGUCUCCAUUGGAGGUGGAAACCCUCCAAGGCCAUAACAGUAAGGAUGGUGGCUCGUACACGGAACUUUUGCAUACGCUACCCAGUAAAGGCAACCAAAACAACUUGCCGCCAAAGAGCCCCAACACCAUGGAGGCGGGUACUCGAUUGGGUGUACUUGCCGAAUCCAUCCUGAGGAGCGAAAGUUUUGGCAGCAACCGAGAUCCUCCCACCGAAGCUAAUCGAUUCAAGUACUCGCAGCAACAGCAAAAGAUUUCUACGAAAGACCCUGCAGCCAAGUAUAGGACGGCGACCUUUGGACUUCCUCGACCUGAUCAACGCGACGACUUCAAUCCUCGCGGCGGAGGUAGUGCUCAUGCGAGGCGUGAUCCAUCCGUAGUGGGAGCGAAUCAGUUUGUCAGCGCAGACGCCCUUAACAGUUUCUUCCCUCCAGCUAAACAAGAUCCUGACCAGCGAUCGACUCAUAGCCGAAAUAUCUUUGAACUGGCUGAAAACAGAGCCAGCGCCGCACCUGGUCCCUACUCUCAAACGCAGUCCAAUUCCGCUCAUCUCCGACAACAGCAGCAACAAUAUCGCUCCGUUGAUUGGCCGAGCGAACAUAGUAGAGGCAAUGGUGCAUUGAACGCGGCAGCAGGACGGAACAACUUCGGAGCAACCUCGAAAGGACCUCCAAGGACUUUCGAGAAUAAUCGCAACGAGCCCACGAGUCCUGCCUCAUCUGCAGUCAGUUCGAGUAUCAAUGCAUUCCUCAACAUGGUUGGUGGGACACUAGGUGCAGCACCACUGGCUUCUCCAGCAGUGCAGCAAGAAAAGAAGGAAGAGAAAAACGAAAAGUUCCACGAUAUUCUUCAAAGAGAAGGCUUGUACGAUGUCUUUGCUCCAGCGGGCGCCCUUGGUAUUGUGGUGGACACAACGAAAGAUGGCCCAGCAGUGCAUUCUUUGAAGCAAACAUCCCCCAUGCUGGGUUUGAUCAAUCCUGGAGACCUGAUUGUCGGAUUGGACGCACAAGACACCCGAAGCAUGACAGCCGCGACUCUAACCCGGCUAAUGGCGAGCAAGUCAAAUCAGAAGGAACGAAAGAUUACUCUCUUGGCGGCCGACACUUACUAGCUUUGAAAGCAAUCAACAUCGUUCACGCGGAGAGCGGAUCCAUAUGAUACUCGUGGCUUGUGGCGCCUCACUCUGUAAUGGCAGCCAACUCGAGCGACAAGGAUGUAACAUUAAGUUUCGUAACAACAUUCUUUACAUAUAUAGUAGCACAACCAAUCAACGACUUCC